UCGCUUCUACAUGUCAGUUGAAUACAGAAGCAAACAUGGGGUUUACAACGUUCGUCGUAAUUGCUGCCUUUCUUUCCACGGUUGCAUCGCAGGCUCCUUUUGACCCGGAAGAGAUGCUGUUCAUUUUUACCCGCUGCAUGGAAGACAACUUGAAAGACGAUGCCAGUAGACUACCGACUUUGGCACAAUGGAAGGAAUGGGAAGAAGAACCGGCAGGCGAUAAAGCCACACAUUGCUUUGCGAAGUGCAUUCUGGACAAGACGGGGUUGUACAAUCCUUCUACUGGGAAAUUUGAUGCGGAUGUGAUCAAGAAACAGUCGGAAGAGUAUCCGAAUUCGGCAGCUAAGAGCAAAGUGGAUGAAUUCAUAAAAGCAGUUCAACAGCUACCAAACACCGAUAAUGAGUGUACGGCUGUUUUCAAUGCCUAUGUCAAGGUGCACAACGAUCAUAAGACGACAAGUAAAAACUUGUUCCAUGGAAAUAAGGAACUGACUACAAAGAUCUACGAGAAGUUGAAUGGUCAGAUCAGACAGAAGGGCCAGUCCUAUUUUGUGUUUUGCGAGGAUAAAUUUUACCCGGAAGGUUCUAACGAUCGUCAAAAGCUUUGCGAGAUCAGGCAGUAUAAAGUUUUGGAUGAUGAUGUUUUCAAAAGACACACCGAGUGCAUAAUGAAAGGACUGCGUUACAUCACCAAGAACAAUCAACUCGAUCGUGAGGAGAUCAAACGGGACUUUAAACAGGUAGGUAAGGAUACAGCGAGCCUCGAGCAAGCAUUGGAUAACUGCAAGGUACCAUCGAAAGAUAUAGCUUGGGAGUACUACAAGUGUUUGGUAGAAUCUCCGGUCGCUGAUGAUUUCAAGGAGGCAUUUGACUACCGUGAAAUAAGAUCGCAACAGUAUGGCUAUAAUUUGAAAAAGAAGCAAGCAUACAGUAAACCAUCCGUUCAAUCCCAAGUGAUGGAAAUCGAUGGAAAGCAGUGUCCUACAGCUGCUUAGGAUGGAAUAUCAUCUGAAAAGAAUAUGAAUACAAACAAUAGUAGUUAGUCAUUAUUUUGUGCAAGCAACAACAAACAACAUUUAAUUUUUUACAAACCUGACAGAUGUAAACAAUGUUUAACUUUGGUUUACGAAAAUCAACCUUCCUAUUAUGUAGUCGGUGUCAGUCUCAGUGGAACAAACGCCACGGAUUAAAAACUUGAUUACUGUUCUUCGGAAUAUAAAAUAAUUUGUUAUAGACCAUCACUGUGUUUAUCAAACAAUAAACUAGUUCAAAAAUGAUACAGUCCUAGAAAGUUCUCAAUUAGUAACCAAGUAUUAAGUGUAGGCAUAUAGUGGUACGUAUCAUAUUCAUGAGGCACAUCAUGUAC